GCCGAUGAUGCUACGCUUCGCGCUUCUGCUGCUGUUUGCUCUCUGUCUCGUCGUUAGAAGCGACGAGCGUUUAACAUCAAAAACAAAUGCAUUACGAAAUACGCCGCCAGAACUAAUUAGUGCUGAUAAGGUCCAAGUGGCAGCCGACAGUCAAGUCCAAGCGAGAUUUUUACCAUUUGCGGCAAGUUUCUCUCUGAACCCGGGUGGUGAGCAUUCACAAACAUUCAGCAUUGCCGGAAGUCCGGAAGGUAUUGGUUUAUCGCAGAGUUCCAGUCAAGGUUCUGGCUCAUUUUCGGCGAGUCAAUCGUCAUCGAUAGCAGCCGGUCUCAACGGCCUAUCAGCUUCAGACUCAAGUGCCUUUAAUCACAAUCAUCCACUUCACGGGCCACAAUCUCAAGCAACAGGUAACUCUUUUGCUGUUGGUCAAGCUGGAGCUUCGUCGCACGGAGAUGUGAUAAACGGCCAAGCAGUAUCUAGUGCCCAAUCGUCCGUCGGUGGAGUUCAUACUCAAGCUUCGUCCGGAGCUUCCUCGGGUACCUCGCAAAAUCUUGUUCAUUCAAGACCCGAUCGUCCUAAUUGGAAUAACGUACGACCGAGCUAUUCUAAUGGAUAUAACGUACCAAGCUAUGGAAAUGGAUACGAUGUACCACCGAAUUAUGCGAGUGGAUACAAAGGUGAUUACUAUCACAACUCGUACCGUAAUUCCGCGCGACCUUCCUUGACGAUAAGCGUCAGUGAUGAUAUGCAUCAUUACAAUCCUCGAGCGUCGAACGGCUGGUACGAAACAAGAGACUCUUGGGAUCAAUCAGAUUACUGCAAAUACUACAAUGGUUGGUACAGGGAUCCACGUUGCCGAAGCCCACGAGUUACAAUCACGAAACCAGGUGGUUACUACAGGCCUACUUAUAACAAUCGGGUUCCAUACUAUGAGAACAUAAAGAAUCCGCGUCAAUCAAAUCUUCAUGUUUCGAAUGUACAUGCUGAAUCGUCAGCUCAAUCUAAUCCUGGCAGCAUUGCCAUUGGGAACUCAAUGUCUGAAGUGGGUUGUGGUCAUCUUGGUCUAACAUCUUCUACGACCAAUCAUGUAGAAUCGUCUGGAAACGCCAAUGCCCACGCACAAGGAGCUUCAGGAUCAAUGAACUAUCAUCCUAAUAAUCUACAAGCUAGUUUGAGUUCAGGUUCAAUUACAACAAAUUCACGUCCGGGUGGUUUUUCCCAAGGAACUAGUCACAGUUCAUCUACAGGAGGCAGCUCAACUAGUAAUCUACAUGGUUUCAGUUCAGGUGGUGCUUCGACACACGGCAGUGCUAUGUCUGGCUCUAUUUUAUUUCCUGGACCUAGUAGUCAAGUACACAUGAUACCACAAAAAUUUAUCAGAAGUAGUAAAAAGGGUAAACAUGUAAAUCCUUUCGAUGAAUUGGCCGAGGAUUUGACGGAUACCGUAUACGAUAUUUUUGAUUAUUAGCUGACUUUACAUCAAUUGUAAACUUCCUCGAUAAACUUUCUGCGUUUUAUCUUUUGAUUGCAUGAUAGUGAAUGUUCAUUGUGUCGAGAAUUCGUUAAUUUAAAUUUAAGCAAUAAUAAUUAUAUUACAAUUUAGAGCCAAUAAUGUAUUUUUAAUAUAAAAAUAAUACGACUGUAAAUAAAACAUUUGUAU